AUGUUCCAGAUCCAAAUUUUACACUCAUGAAUAUGCAAUGGGGUCAAGUAGUUGCUGCAGAUUUCAGUCGGGUGGCAAAUGGUUCUACAUCAAGUCACUUUGUGGGUUGUUGUUCAUCUGAAUUUCGCUACCUCGAAAAAAAUCCUGAAAUUUGUUUCAAUCUUGAUAUUCCACCCGAAGACCGUUUCAAUUUACAAUACGGAAAUGAAUGCAUGGAUUUCAUUAGAACUUUAACCGAUGAAGGUACAAAUUGUAAUUACAAUGGCGGACCAGUAGAACAAUUGAAUGCAGUUACCAGUUACAUGGACUUGUCGAAGCUUUAUGGUAAUACACCUUCGGCAAUUAGAAAUUUUCGUACUUUUCAAAGAGGUCGUUUGAAUGUCAAAGAACGAAACGGCUACCAAUAUCUAAUGAAAAAUCCAAUGCCUACUACAUCCUGUGAAAUUGACGAAGAGAAUGGAAUUUGUUAUGAAGGUCGUGAUGUACGAGUGAAUUCAUCACCGGGUGUAACCAUUUUGGAAACAAUGUUUCUCCGGGAACACAAUCGCUUAGCUGGCGAAUUGGAAAAGUUGAAUCCACAUUGGACGGAUGAAUUGUUGUUUCAGGAAGCUAGAAGAAUUUUAACUGCACAAUACCAACACAUAAACUACUACGAAUUGUUGCCAAUCUUUUUGGGUCGGGAAAAUAUGCUGAGAAAUAAGUUGAUCUAUGAUGUGCCAGGGGAUUAUCAUGUCAAUGAUUAUGAUCCUAAUGUUGAUGCAACUACUCUAAAUGAAUUUGCUACUGCUGCUUUUAGGCAUUUUCAUUCACAAUGCGAGGGUCGUUUGGAUUUGAUGUCGGAAUCGAGAAAUAUAAAUGCUUCUGUGCGUUUAGGUGAUUGGUUUGCUGCACCUCAAAUUAUUGAACUAGGUGAUAACUUCGAUUUGCUUUCUAGAGGAAUGGGAACACAACCACAACAGCUAACUGAUAUCAAUAUUGAUGUAGAGAUUAAACAUUUGUUGUUUGCAAGAGACAAACCAUUUGGUUUGGAUCUUCGAGCAAUUGAUACUCAUCGUGGACGAGAUCACGGUUUAGCUUCCUACAACGAUUUAAGGGAAUAUUGUGGCAUCAAGAGGGCCAACAAUUGGGAGGAUUUCUUAGAUCUCAUAAAUCCUUAUAGCGUUGAAGGAUUAAAAGCUUUUUAUAACAGUCCUGAAGAUGUCGAUCUAAAUGUUGGUGGAUCAUUAGAGGAUCUUGUACCAGGAACAUUAGCUGGUCCAACAUUUUUAUGCAUUUUAAUUGAACAGGUUUAUCGAACUCGAGUUGGUGAUCGGUUCUUUUAUGAGAAUGAUAAUCCCAGGACAGGAUUUACAAAAGAGCAACUAAGAGAGAUUCGCAAGGCUAGUGCGGCUAGAAUAAUGUGUGAUAAUGGAAAUCAAAUUCAGACAAUGCAGCGCCAAGCUUUCAUAACUGUUUCAAAAACAAAUCCAAUUGUGUCGUGUGAGGAGCUUCCAGAACUUGACUUAUCAAAAUGGAUUGAUACAUUGAUAGAUUUAAAAUAACGAUAACAUAUUAAUUAUUUAUUUAGAACAU